CUCGCACGGUGAUGACGUUAUCAGCGCUGAGACGUUGUUUCCGCUGCGGCCAUGGACCAGCGGCUGUCGGAGCUGGUGGAGCAGCUGAGCACGGCCGGGGGGCCGCAGCUGGAGCCGGGCAGGAUGAAGGAACUGAAGAAGAUCUGCAGGUCAUCGGACGAGCACCUGAGCCAUGCGUACCACCUGCUGCUCACCAGGCUCCAUGAAGAACACGCCGAGAUCCGAUUCUCCGCCUUCCAGAUCAUCCAGGAGCUCUUCUCCCGCUCCCAUCACUUCCGCACUCUUCUAAUUUCCAACUUCCAGGAGUUCCUGGAGCUCACGGUGGGGACAGACCAUGAGCAGCCGCUUCCCCCACCCCGAGAGGUGGCUCAGAAGCUGAGGAAAGCGGCCAUCGCUGCAGUGCAGGGCUGGCACGAGAAGUACGGGGAGGCUUAUAAGAAGCUGUCGCUGGGAUAUCACUAUUUAAAGCAGAACAAGAAGGUGGAUUUUCAGGACGUGCAUGCAAGAACAGUGGCUGAAAGGAAGAGGGAAGAAGAGAAGCAGAAACGACUGGAUAAUGUUUACAAGGAAAAAGCCAAAAGAGCUGAGAAAGAAAUGGCAGAACUGUCCCAAGAGGUUGCUGAAACGCUGACGGAGAUGGAGAACUGUUUCCAGCUUCUGUUGCCAGAUCCUUUUGACUUCACUGUGAACAGCACAGGACUGGAACCCAACCAACAAACAAGUGCUGAUGAGGGUAGAUCUGCGUCCUCCUUGUCUUCGUAUGUGGGAUAUGUGGAUGAUGAACAGCCAUGCUGCAGCAAGGACAUUCCUCCUGUUCCUCAGCAUGUUAGAACAGAUCAAAACGAAGAGUUAAGUGCCAAACAGAAGAUGCCUGAGCAAAAUACUUUAGGUGGAGACACGUGCUCUGAAGUUGAAUCUGGUGUCCCUGUUCUUGGUGAUGAAGAUUAUGAAACGUUUGUCAGGAAUCAUGGACUUAUUUCUCAUAAAUAUACUCUAGACCUUGAACUCUCCACAGAUAUCAAAGUACACGAGAAUGAAGACAAUACCGCUGUAAUAAACAGCGUUGUGGAUGCUCAAAAACUCGUCAGAAAUAAGUUCUUGCCUUCUGUGCAGUCCUGGAUUCAGUUAUUUACCCGAGCAGGAAUAAACGACGAUCGGUUGAGAUGUGCCAUAGAUCUUAAGAAUAAACUGGAGGCUGCUCUGAGGAAAUACAAGGAAAUGAACAUUUCUUUUAAAGAGAGGAAAAGAAGAGUGAUGAAAGCUUCAGAUGAUGACGAUGACGAUGAUGACUUUGUGGAGGUCCCUGAGAAGGAAGGUUAUGAGCCCCACAUUCCAGACCACCUGCGUAAGGAAUAUGGCCUUGAGCCCCAGUCACCACCAAAAGCACCUGCAAGGAAGGCCCCUGCAGGACCAGCUCUUCUCAGCUCCUCUGCCCGGCUGAAAGGGAAUGAAGAUGAACUGGAUCCAACCUGUGCAGCUGCAACACUGAAGCUUAUCAAAGACAAACUACCAAAGUUAACACCUCCACUGGCCAGUGAGUCUGCAACUACUGAGCCAACAGCUUUGGAAGAGCCUGACAGUAAGAGAAGAAAACUAGAUGCGGAAAGAGCUAAAGCUCCCCUUAUGCCUUUUGGGUUAGAUCUUCACUACUGGGGACAGGAUCAGCCAAAUGCUGGGAAGAUUCUGAAAUUUACUUCCGAGCAUCGAUUUUGGGCACCCAGUGAAGUAGAAGAAGAGGUAGAAAAUAAAGAAAUAAGUGAAAUGUUAAAAACAAGAUAUAUAACAUUUGCUGGCAAGUUUGAACCAGUGAAGCAUAAAUGUCGAGCACCAAUGCCUGAUGGAAGUCUGUGCGAAAGACAAGAUCGGAUUAAGUGCCCUUUCCAUGGGAAGAUCGUUCCUCGAGAUGACCGUGGGAUUCCCAUUAAUGCAGAGAACAGAGCCAGAGAAGAAAAAAUGCGCUUUGAGAAGCAAGCAGCUCAACCAGAGUGGCGAGAUCCAGAAUUCAUGAGAGAAGUUGAAGCAGCCACGGGAGUGGAUCUUGGUUCCUCUAAAAUUAAGGGGAAAGGAGGAAAAAAGAAAGGGAAGAGGAAAUACCCAAAUCUGACAGACCUGAAGCAGCAGGCUAACACUUCUCGUUCCCGGCUUGAGAAGAUAGUCUUCAAUAAAGGUGCUGUGAAACGAGUGGUGAAAGCAAUGAAUCAGAUGGACCAAAGAAAGCAUGAGAAGUUUGCCAACCAGUUUAACUACGCACUGAAUUAAGUUGUAACAAAAUGCAAAGAAGAUCAACAAGAGUGCAACUGUACAAAGCCUUUAGUGCAGGCCUCUGUGUAUGAAACACUGCGCUGUGUGCACUUUUACUGGGGUUACUUUUUGAAGGGUUUUUAACUUCUAAUUUAUUUUACAAUUAACAUGAAUUUUGGCAAAGAUGUGGUAGUACAUAAUGGACUCAAUGCACUUAAUGAUAAGUAUUGGAAAUUUACCUGAAAUAGAACGUACUUUGUAUAAAACGUUCAGGGCCUUUUUGCCUUCCUGUGGGACCAAUAUAAUCUACACAUUGCCAGCACAGUUGUGAUUUGCCUUGACUUUCAUACCUUCAGAAAGAUGCCUUAGAAACAAUCUGAUUUUCACUCGAGGUGGUAACACACAAGCUAUUUGCUCAGCCUUAUUGUCUAGAAAGACUGCCACAUCAAGCAGCCUGCCAGCUCCUCUGGCACCUCUGAAGGCUUCUUGCACAUGAACUGGAAAAAGCCAAGCCCAUUCAUGAUCAGAAGGUAUCAGUUUGACUUCAGCAGGUUUAAGAGACAAUUCAAACACAGUAGCUGUGGCAUCAGUGUAGAAGCUGAAGUUAACUUGGUCUUGAUCUCCUUGUCUUCCAAAGACGGUCUCCCACUGUCUUUCAGAAAUGAGUUUGGAAAGUAUGUUAUGAAAAGUUGUGGAGAUACUUAAAACGUGCUGGAGUUUAAGUGACACUAAAAAAGCUGCAUUAUAAAGAGGCUUUUUAAAGGAAAUUACUCAGGUGACUUACGGAGAAAGUGAACUGCCUGUCUUCAAUUAAAAAAAAACAAUCAGUUGAAGUUGCAUCAGUUUCAAUCUUAAGAGUGCAUGCAGGGACCUAAAUACACACAGACACCUGAAUUAUUGUAACACGUUGGAUCCAGAUGCUUGGUAUCUAUGUGGCUUGUUAUUGAUAGUGUUUAGCCCAAUCCCUCAUAACUGCUUUGCUGGCUGUCAUCAUCACGUCAGAAGUAGAAUGAAAUAAACACUGACUAGUUGUGCUCUUGGGGGGUUUCAGACAGCUUUAUCAUGAAGGAAAUCAGGAGUAUCAAGGAAGACAGUGUUUGAACUGAACUUCAGAACCAAAGAAGUCUUCAGUAAAACACAGAACAUGACUUAGAAUGGAUUCCCUGCAGCACCAGCUUAGUUACUCACCUGCUUGAGAUACAUCCUUGUACAGCAAGAGACUCCCUAAGAAUUUAAAAUGAAAUCCUCUUUGUAGGUUUUGACCACCUCAGACAAGAGCUAAUUCACAGAUCUGCCACCUAUCUGUUGACUUGUACAAGUACUGCUAAGAAAGCAAGCAAUGAUAAUUUAAUCUUCCAGGUCUUUGCAGUUUGGAAGACUUUUCCUCUCUAACACAUACUUAGAAGCAGACUUCUACACUGUGACAAAUAAGAAAUAGCCAGCAGCUGUUAAAGCAAGAUUUUCUUAGUUAUUUACUUCACUGGAAACCAAAGCUCUGUCUACUAACUAUCUAGCUAACAGUGAAGGCUGCAUCUGAAAGCAUAUAUGGUAUAUAUGGGCUGUAUUCAUCACCUGUUCAGCUGAAUCAACUGAUCAACUGGUUUAAUCUAUUAGCAAAGACAGAAAACAAAAAGCAACAACGGAGCUCACAUACUUGAAUGCAAUAUAGCUCAAUGGACGCUGAUAUUACAAAACAAUCCAAAUGAAAGUGCUUGAUCUGGGAGAUAGAUAGCAGCAUAUUUUUUGUCACCCUUUUAUAACUGUACCACAGCAUACUCCUGCUUAGUGGAGAUACUGCAUCUGCUUUUCAGAUACCUAAACACCUUGUAUGAUUUGGCCCUUGGUCAGUGUUGUUAAGCUGUAAAACAGGUUGAAUUUGCCACUUUCCUAGAGGGACGUGGUAGCCCUGAGUUAGAGUGAACUAUACAGAUAUAUCUAAGGCAUCCUCUUAUAAAGAGUGACAUUUCAGUGCUAAUGUAAGAAUAGAAAGCAAGGACUUCUCUGUGCUUAUUAGUAGAGCGUGAUUGCAUCUGGCAACUCAAAAGGAAGAAACUGUAGCCUGUAUAAAUUUGGUGCUGAUGAAGGUGGGAAUGAAGGUUCUGACCCUGUAAUAGAAAGCACUGCAACAAAUGCAGGUUUGGUGUGAAGUUUGUGAGCAAAAUAAGAGCACAUCUCUCUAAAGUUACUGAUACAGAAUGAUGGGUCCAUGCUCACCUCUUACAACAUAUCAUACUAUGUAAAACAAGCUGUAGGUUGGUGGCAUCUGUGCAUUCAAGAUGACGUGAAGGAAAACAAUAGAAUCGAUUUUAAAUAUUCCAAUUAAAGCAACUGUAAAAGUG